CUUGAAAAAUAUCUUAACGAUUUUGUAGAACAAACAAACAAAAAAAUCUAAAAGCUUGACAGAUCCUCCCUCCCUCUCUCUUCCUUGUAAUUUCCUUUGAUUGAUUGAGAGAGCGAUCCUUUGCCCUGCCUUCAAGUCUGUUCCUGUCUUCUUUAAUCGCACCAAAGUAAUUCAAAAUUCAAAACUUUAAUCAAAGAACUCGAGAGUCGAGUUAUGGUGAAAUCGUCGGACGGUGUUUCGUCUUCGUCUUCUUCAGUGGCGCCGUUCCUGAGGAAAUGCUACGAGAUGGUCGACGAUUCCUCAACUGAUUCCGUCAUCUCGUGGAGUAGCGGUGCAGAUAACAGCUUCGUUAUCUCGGACACGAACGUCUUCUCUGCUCAGCUCUUGCCCAAAUACUUCAAACACAGCAAUCUCUCUAGCUUCGUCCGUCAGCUCAACAUCUACGGUUUUAGAAAAGUUGAUUGCGAGUUUGCGAACGACUGGUUUGUAAGAGGUCGAAAGGAUUUGCUAAAGAACGUUAUCCGGAGGAAGAAUGUUCAGAGUAGUGACCAUCAGAGCAAAAACGUUUCCAAAAAACAGGAAAGUACUUGUAAGGAAGAUGAUACUGAGAAGAGUGAGCUGUGGAAAGAAGUUGAUAUCUUAAAAGGGGAUAAGAAGGCAUUGGCGCAGGAGCUUGUCAAAGUCAGGCAGUACCAGGAGGUUACCGGCACGAAGAUGCUACACUUGGAAGACAGAGUUCAAGGAAUGGAAGAGAGUCAGCAGGAGAUGCUUUCGUUUCUGGUGAUGGUUAUGCAGAAUCCAAGUCUCUUGGUUCAGUUGCUUCAACCAAAGGAGAGUAGCUGGAUAAAGGCGGAAGGAGGAGGAGGAGGAGCAAAGAUUUUGGAAGAAGUUAUAGAUGAAGGAGAAUCAUACUCAAGUGGUCUUCCUUUAGUAACAUACCAGCAGCCACAAUCAGAGGGAACAGAAAAGUCAAGCUCGAGUGACAUGAAUGACUUCUUGAGAAACGCAGAUAUGUUGAAGUUCUGCUUGGAUGAGAAUCACGUGCCGUUGAUCAUACCUGAUCUGUAUGAUGAUGGGGCAUGGGAAAAGCUUUUGUUGUUGAGCCCUUCAAAGAAGAAGAAUGUGAAGAAAGGAAAGGAUGAUGCAACAUUGGAGGAGGAGGAGGAUGAAACCAUGAAGGUGAUACAAGAAGAAAUGGAGAGAGCAGAUGACUUUGAUUUUGGACAGCUUACUCCAGAGAGGUCUAGGAAUCUUGAGAUUCUAACACAGCAGAUACAAUUGCUGGCUUCAAAUGAAUAGAAAAAAUGGAUGAGUUUUUUUUGAACAUAUCAAAACUUUGUUAUGCAGUGAAACAUUAUAAGUAGGCUCUGGAGUAUCAUUUUUUGACCAGGGCUAUUCUUUAAAGAUAAGCUACAGCGUCUUACAAAAGAAAAUACUGAGAAUUUUACUUUCUA